GUAGGUUGCCAUAUAUCUUCUUGUGCGAUGAUCAGCUGAGAUGCGUUCGCGAUGAUGGGCGCCGCCGCUGUGACUACUUUUUAGGUUUGUUGAGCCGGUCAGCGCGAAAAAGAUUGGUCCCCUCCGAAAUUUGCGCGAUUCACCUUCCUGAUCGCAUGGAAGGGCGCCGCAUGUAUUCUGUUUUUAUUUUUUAUUAUAAUUUAUUUUUUACUUUUAUUUAUACUUCCAAAUAUUCUAAAUGAAUAUAUUACAAAAAACACUUUCCAUAGAACACUGAAAAAAUCUUGACCAAGCAUUUAAAAAAUGUUUAAAAUGUAUAGAGAAAAUGUUUCUCAUGUAUACAUAAAAUAUAUAGAAAAAUAUACAAUGUGCGUGAAAAACGUUGACCAUGUAUUUAAAAAACGUUAGUCUAAACAUUUGAGAAGAAAUGUUAAACAAGUAUUUGAAAAAGGUUAAUCAAGCAUUUGAAAAUGUUAAAUGCGUAUAGGAAAAAUGUUGACCAUUAGUCAAAAAAUGUUAAACUUGAAUUUGCAAAAUGUAAAAUGUGUAUCGCAAAAAUGUUGAUGUAUUAAAAAAAUGUUAAACUUUUAUUUAAAAAUUGUUAAAUGUGUAAAAAAAAUGUUCACCAUGUUUUCAGAAAAUGAUUAUCUUUUAUUCGUAAAAUGUUAAAUGUGUAUAGAUAAAAUGUUGACCAUGCAUUCAGAAAAUGUUAAACUUGUUUCUGCUUUUUUUACAUGUGUAUAGAAAAAACGGUGACCAUGUAUUAUAACAAUGGUAAACUUUAUUUUUAAAAUGUUAAAUGUGUAUAGAGAAAAUGUUGACCAUGUAUUCAAAAAAUCCUAAACUCGUAUUUUUAAAAAUAAAGCAUUUAAAAACUCGUAUUUUGAAAAUGUUAAACUUUAUCCUGUUUUUUUCCUUCCUUUUUCUUUCUGUUUCUUUUUCAUUUUUCAUUAUUUAUUGGUUUUUCUGAUUUUCCCAUUUUGUUUCUUUCCAUAAAAUAUAAAGGUAAAAAGGAUUUCCAAAAAUUGUUCGGCUUGUUGGAUAAUUUUCUGGAAUUUUCAAAAUAUAAAGGUAAAGGUCCUUUUCAAAAUAAAAUUCAAAAAAUGUUCAUAUUGUUGGAUAAUUUUCUGGAAUUUUCGACAAGGUUUCAAAUUUGUUCAUUAAUUCCAACAAAUUUCACAUUUAAAAAAAUCGGAACUUUCAUAAAAUGUUCUUAUUUGUGAAAAUUUAUUCAGAAUUUUAUAAAAUGUUGCUGUUUUUUUGUAAGAGUCAUAGUGUUUUCAAAAAAUUCUUCAUAAAAUGAGCAGAACAACAGGGACUUUUAUGCAUAAUAAGCUGCAAACAUGAAAUACCUUAGCGGGUUCUCAACAAAAAAAGAAGAAAAAGAAAAAAACUCAGGGCUUUUAGCGCUGAACAGGAGGACUCCUCCGCCGGGAUCGGUGUUCAUGCAUGUUUGUUGCAGCGUACGCGAGUUCCCAGCAAUCCAGAAUUCGAGGCGUGGUUUCUGCUGGAUUCAGAUCUAUUUGCUGCUUCACCCUCGGCUGCUGAUCCACAAGCCUGCCUGCAAUCUCCGUGCCGUUCGCCGUCAAUCAAAGCUUUACUAGCUGUUCGUACGUCUCAGUCCCCAUGGAGACGGAGGACGGUGGGAUCCAGACGACGCCGGAUCUGCCGCAGGACAUCCUGAUGGCCAUCUUCGCCGCGUUCCAAAUCCCAGACCUGGUGCGUGCCGGCUCCGUAUGCUCCUCCUGGCGCUCCGCCUACGAAACCCUGCGCAACCUCGGGCUGUACAACCAGUCCCAGACGCCAUGCCUGCUCUACACCUCCGAGUCCGACGGCGAGAGCACCGCGCGUCUCUACAGCCUCGUGGAGAAGAAGGCCUACAGGCUGACCCUCCCGGACCCGCCCAUCCGCACCAGGUCUCUGAUCGGGUCCUCCCCUGAAGGUUUGCUGGUUACAGCCGAUGACAGGUCCGAGAUGCAUCUUCUCAACCCCAUCACCGGUCAACAGAUCGCCCUCCCGUCGGUGAUCACCAUCCGGCAGGUGAGCCCCAUCUACGACGACUCCGGCGUCCUCCGCAUGUACAGAUACUCGGCCCGCACUAGGCAUACCGUUCUCGCGCUGCCAGCAAACCUUGCUCUUAGCGAGCUGCGCCACCAACUCCAUCACAAGGCCUUUGUGUUUCCUCUUUCUCAUGACGAUGCAUCCUUAGAAGAAGCAGGAGGACACGUUGUGGUGCUGAUCCACAACCCGUCUUGCCAGCUCUCCUUUGCAAGGGCAGGGGCCGAGAGCUGGACCUGGCUGCCACCACACACCUCCUACGACGACUGCAUGUACAAGGAUGGCCUCAUGCAUGCGGUGACUUCAUGGGGAGAAAUCCAUGGCUUCGAUCUUGCCAGCCCUGCCCCUGUGGCCACCAUGAAGAUCGUUAUGGAGGGGCCAAUGACUUAUAGAUAUCUUAGUAUGUACAUCAUACAAGCCCCAUGGGGUGAUCUUCUCCAGGUUUGGAGAAAAUUUGGGGAUUGUGAUUUAGGAGAUACACCCCAGUCAUCUGUGUUUUGGACUACGGGCAAAAUUAGAGUAUAUAAAGUUGAUGCCGCGGCGAACGAACUCGAGAGAACCAGUUCCUUGCGCGGCCAUGCGUUGUUCCUUGGGCAUAAUCAGUCGCUUUGUCUUCGUACCGAAGAAUACCCGUCUCUUAAGGCGAACCAUGCCUACUUCACCGACGAUUGCAAGUAUUGGACAAUGGGACUCCAGAAUAAUCGCCGUGAUAUGGGAGUUCUCAACUUGGAUGAUAACAGCAGCGAGGAACUUGUGUCUCCUCGCCUUUGGUCCAACCGUCCGGCCCCCAUAUGGAUUACACCAAAUCUCAGAGAGAUAAACUUUAAUUUGGAUAAUUAGUUUGGAGUUAUUCCUUUUGUAAGAAAAAAUAAA